AGCCCGCUAGGGGGCAGUGUAGCUGCUGGGGACGAUAGUUUUCCGGCAGCAGAGGAAGUGAAGCGGUAUCGUAAAGAUGGCAGACAGUGGAGUGACAGAUGGACCUGGCAAAAAGGGGGAGAUUGAACGUGUAAAGAAUGAAGGCAAGGAGCUGUCCAAAGAGGAGAAGCAGCGUCUGAGGAAAGAGAAGAAGCAGCAGAAGAAAAGCAAAGAGAAAAAAGAUGACAAGGAAAGUGAGAAGGAAAAGAAGCCAGGGGGUUCGACAGCUACUGUCCCCCAAGCUCAACCCUCAACUCAAAAAGCUCCUCCAGCAGUGCCUGCUCCUGUGUCGAAUUCUGUGCCUGCCUCCGAGGUCGCUGUCGCGACGGAAAAACCCACCAAAAGCAAAGCUGAACUGAAAGCAGAGCGAAGGGCUCGCCAAGACGCUGAGCGGGCCACCAAGCAGACCAAGAAAGGGGAGCCAGGGCAACAGGGUGCUACGGGCAAGCCAAAAGCCCCACCCAGUGAGCUGCUGCCAGUGGUGAAGAGGCUCUCAGAACACGUUCAGGUGGACGAUCCAGAUGUUUUAAAGAAACUAGCCAAGAAGUUGGAAAGACAACAGAUUCCACUCCGUUCAGACUACGGCUACAAAGUCAGCCUGUUUUCUCAUCUUCACCAAUACAGCCGCAAAGCCCCACCAACACAGCAACUCAGCAUUCCCUCCACAGUGAUUCAUCCUGCUAUUGUAAGACUGGGUCUCCAGUACUCGCAGGGCAUUGUGGCAGGAUCUAACGCUCGCUCUGUUGCCUUGCUCCACGCUUUCAAACAAGUUAUAAGGGACUACACUACCCCUCCAAAUGAGGAGCUGUCAAGGGAUUUGGUCAAUAAACUUAAACCUUAUAUCAGUUUUUUGAAUCAGUGUCGCCCCCUGUCGGCCAGCAUGGGUAACGCCAUCAAAUACAUCAAGAAGGAGAUUUCUAAUAUUCCCAGCCAGUGCAAAGAAGAAGAGGCAAAAAACAAACUGCUCACCAGUAUUGAGUGGUACAUAAAAGAGAAGAUCAUUCUUGCUGCUACAGCUAUCGCUCACUCUUCCAUUGAAAAGAUCAGUGAUGGGGACGUCAUUCUAGUUUAUGGAUGCUCAUCCCUGGUCAACCACAUCCUAUGCGAGGCCUAUGAUAAACAGAGGAAGUUCCGCGUUAUAGUGGUGGACAGCAGGCCUCGGCUGGAGGGCAGGGAGGCCCUGAGGCGCCUGGUCCAGAAAGGCAUCAGCUGCACCUACGUUCUCAUCUCGGCCGUCUCUUACAUUCUUCCAGAGGUAUCAAAGGUUUUCCUUGGGGCUCACGCUCUCUUGGCCAACGGAUACGUCAUGUCGCGAGUGGGGACAUCACAGAUAGCUCUGGUGGCUAAAGCCUUUAACGUGCCUGUGCUAGUGUGUUGUGAGACAUACAAAUUCUGUGAGAGGGUGCAGACAGAUUCUUUUGUGUCCAAUGAACUCGAUGACCCCGAUGACCUCAUUGUGACCCGCAAAGGUAAGACACAGCUGGCAGGCUGGCAGCAAGUGGCCUCCCUGGGCCUGCUGAACUUAGUGUACGACGUGACGCCCCCCGACUUUGUGGACCUCGUCAUCACAGACCUAGGAAUGAUCCCGUGCACCUCCGUCCCGGUGGUGCUGCGGGUCAAAAACGUGGACCAGUGAACGGCCCUCACCUACCAUCAGUUUGUGUGCAGAUUUGAAGACAAUUUCACAAUAUCGUGCUUUUAGCAUGCAAUAAAAUAUACCUGAAAUGGCAAAAGUUUUUUUUU